UGAGUGGCCAAAGCCAUGGGGGAAGCAAAAUCAGCGAAGCCUCAUGUGGUGUGUGUUCCUCUUCCAUUGCAAGGCCACAUCAACCCAAUGCUAAGCCUAGCAAAGCUCCUCCACCUCCAUGGCUGCCACGUCACCUUCGUCCUCACCCACUUUAACUUCAACCUCCUCCUCAACUCCAGAGGUCCCGAUACCGUUAAGGGCGUUCCCGGCUUCCAGUUCGAGGCCAUCUCGGACGGGUUGCCGCCGGAGAACAAACGGUCGAUUCUUGACCUGCCGGCGCUGUGCAGGUCGAUGCCUGUACAAGGGUUGCGUUCGUUCAGGGAGCUGAUAGACAAGCUGCAGCAUCAGCAGUGUGGUUCGCCGGACGUGCCUCCGGUGAGCAGCAUAGUUUGCGAUGGGGUGGUGGGGUUUGCGAUGAAAGCUGCGGAGGAGUUCGGUAUACCUGAAUUCGUGCUGUUCACUCCGAGUGGUUGUGGGAUGUUGGGUUACCUUAACUUCGAUGAGCUUCACAAGAGAGGGUUUUUCCCAUUGAAAGAUGAGAAGAAUCUACACGAUGGCUAUCUGGACACAGAAAUAGAUUGGAUUCCAGCCAUGAGAGGAAUCAGACUGAGAGAGAUUCCCACAUUCUUCAGAACUACUGAUCCUUCUGAUACAAUGUUCAACUACAACAGAGACAGUGUGGCCAACGCCGUUAAAGCCAACGGCGUCAUCCUCAACACCUUCCAAGCCCUUGAAUCAGAUACCCUAGACGCCAUCAGAUCCACCUACCCCCAUCUCUACCCCAUCGGCCCCUUACCACUGCUCCUUCGCAACCACGACGACAACGACUCCACGAUCGACUUGAACCUGUGGAACUCAGAAUCCAAGUGCUUACAGUGGCUAGACUCGAGAGAGAAACAAUCAGUGGUUUACGUCAACUUCGGAAGCUUGGUCACCAUGAACACUAAUCAACUUCGAGAGUUUGCAUGGGGAUUCGCUAACAGUAACUACAGUUUCUUAUGGGUGAUUCGACCUAAUCUCGUGGAAGGAAGUAAAGAAGUGUUAUCAGAAGAAGAGUUGAAGAAGAAAGCUGAAGGAAGAUUCAUGAUCGUGGGAUGGUGUCCACAAGAGAAAGUGCUGGGCCACGGGUCAGUGGGAGGGUUUCUGAGUCACUGUGGGUGGAACUCGAUGUUGGAGAGUAUCAGUGAAGGUGUGCCUCUGGUGUGUUGGCCGUUCUUCGCAGAGCAGCAGAUGAACUGUUUCUAUGCUUGCAAGAGGUGGGGGAUAGGGCUGGAGAUGGAGGAGGGUGUGGUUAAGAGAGAGAAAGUUGAGAGGCUUGUCAGAGAGCUUAUGGAGGGAGAGAGAGGGAAGAAGAUGAGAGAGAAAGCUUUGGAGUGGAAACUCAGAGCUCAGGCUGCUACUUUACCCGGUGGUUCUUCUUACAAUAGUUUUAUCACUUUGGUUGAGAAAUUCAAAAAGGGUGUUGUUAAGCCACUUUGACGUAUCUCAUGUAUGAGGGAAAGCAUGUUAAUUAAUCUAGUUUCUUCGAUUAGAUUUAGAUGUAAUUUUCUUUUUUUACAUACAUGUUUUUGUUUUAUUAGAGUCAAUUCUAUUUGUAAACACAGUCCGACAGUUAAUUGGACACCUUUCUUAAAAGUCGAACAUUGGUCAUCAAAUGGUAAAAGAUCAUUAGUCCCUUCUUAUUGGU